UUAAAAAGAGCAGGCGGCGGCAAAACGGUGCGUCUCCUGAAGUCCAACAGUAAUCCACACCGUCCAUAUCUCACGAAGAGACGUAGAGUGUGAGUGUACAGUCAGCAUGGCAGAAGCGCAUCAGGCUGUGGCCUUCCAGUUCACCGUCACUCCUGAUGGCAUCGACCUGCACCUGUGUCACGAGGCCCUGCGCCAGAUCUACCUGUCUGGCAUCCACUCCUGGAAGAAGAGGUUCAUCAGGUUCAAGAAUGGUGUCAUGACUGGAGUCUAUCCAGGAAGUCCCUCGGGGCUCCUGGUUGUUUUGGUGGGUUACAUGUCCACCACCAAAUAUGCCAAAAUAGACCCAUCUCUUGGGAUGUUCACUAAACUGUCAAAACACCUACCAAUCAGUAAGUACGUAACAGAAGAAGGGCAGCGUGUUGUUGGUGGUGUGCUGAUUGGGACCGGAUUGUGGAUUGCUGUGACUUUCGUAAUGAGAAAUGUCCUCAAGUACUUGCUGUCCUGGCACGGCUGGAUGUUCAAUCGCCAUGGAUCUUUGAACUUAAAAACAAAAAUUUGGUUGGUGUUAGUGAAGUUAUUUUCGGGGCCAAAGCCAAUGCUGUACAGCUUCCAGAGUUCACUACCACGGUUACCAGUGCCUCCUGUAAAAGACACAGUUAGAAGAUAUCUUGAGUCAGCUCGUCCUCUGAUGGAUGAUGAACAGUACAAACGUAUGGAGGGGUUGGCAAAGGACUUUGAGAAGAACUUGGGCCCCAGACUGCAAUGGUACUUGAAGCUCAAAUCCUGGUGGGCCUCCAAUUAUGUCAGCGACUGGUGGGAGGAGUAUAUUUACCUCAGAGGUCGAGGACCAAUCAUGGUCAACAGCAACUACUAUGCAAUGGACUUCCUCUAUGUGAUCCCCACUACACGUCAAGCUGCCCGUGCUGGUAAUUCCAUCCACGCCAUCAUGAUGUACAGAAGAAAACUGGACAGAGCGCAGAUCAAACCAUUAUACUUGCUGGAGAAGCGAGUGCCGCUGUGCUCGGCGCAGUGGGAGCGGAUGUUUAACACGUCCCGUAUUCCCGGGCUGGAGACAGACGUCCUUCAGCACAUGAACGAGAGCAAACACAUCGCCGUGUAUCACAAGGGACUCUUUUACAAAGUGUGGAUGUUUUAUGACGGACGGCUGCUGUUGCCUCGAGAAAUUGAGCAGCAGUUCGAAAGGAUCUUGGCCGACAAGUCUGAACCUCAGCCAGGAGAGGAGCUGCUGGCCGCGUUAACAGCGGGUGACAGAGUUCCCUGGGCCAAAGCCCGCUCACAGUUCUUCAGUCGAGGGAAGAACAAGCAGUCUCUGGAUGCCGUGGAGAAGGCGGCUUUCUUUGUUUCUCUGGAUGACACCGAACAGCGUUACGAUCCAGAGAAUCCAGUGCAGUCGCUGGACAGCUAUGGCAAAUCUCUGCUCCACGGAAAAUGCCAUGACAGGUGGUUUGACAAGUCUUUCAAUCUGAUUGUGUUCAAGAACGGCACUAUGGGAUUGAAUGCAGAGCACUCCUGGGCCGAUGCGCCCGUCGUUAGCCAUUUGUGGGAGCAUGUCUUGUCAUCAGAUCCAGUGAGACUGGGCUAUACUGAGGACGGACACUGCAAAGGAAACCCCCAUCCCAACCUGCUGGGACCCCAGAGACUGCAGUGGGACAUCCCAGAGGAGUGCCAGGCAGUGAUCAGCAGCUCUCUGAAAGUUGCCAAAGCUCUGGCGGACGACGUGGACAUGCACAUCAUCCCCUUUAACGACUUUGGCAAAGGCCUGAUCAAGAAAUGUAAGACGAGUCCCGACGGCUUCAUUCAGAUCGCCCUCCAGCUGGCGCACUUCAGGGAUAAAGGCAAGUUCUGCCUGACGUACGAAGCCUCCAUGACUCGUCUGUUCAGAGAGGGCCGCACUGAGACCGUGCGCUCCUGCACCACUCAGACCUGUGAUUUUGUCCGUGCCAUGAUGAAUGACAAAGCAACGAGAGAAGAGAAGUUGAAGCUGUUGAAGGUGGCGGCAGAAAAGCACCAGGAUUUAUACAGACUGGCCAUGACGGGAGAUGGCAUCGACCGCCAUCUUUUCUGCCUCUACCUGGUGUCAAAGUACCUCGGGGAAGAUUCGGCUUUUCUCAAAGAGGUGUUGUCCGAGCCCUGGAGAUUGUCCACCAGUCAGACUCCUCUCCAACAGCUCGACCUGUUUGAUUUAAAGAGGCAUCCAGAAUUUGUCACCAGCGGAGGUGGUUUUGGACCUGUUGCUGAUGAUGGUUAUGGUGUAUCAUAUAUUAUUCUUGGAGAAGAUCUCAUCAACUUCCACAUAUCCAGCAAACACUCCAGCCCAGAGACCGACUCUCACCGCUUUGGAAGUAACAUUAGAAAGGCAAUGCUUGAUAUCCUGGAUCUUUUCCAGCUUGACAACAAAGCUAACAACAAGUGAUCUUUCUCUUCUUGUUUUCUCAUUUCUCAAAAGGGAAAUCAUUUUAAAAUAUUUUAAACAGAGGGCUGAUCUUCCUUAGGCAUGUACAGAGUAAUUGUUGGUUUUAAUUACAAUUAAUAUUCAAAGAAUAGUCAUUUAAACAGGGCAGAGCAUGCUAUCUGGGCAUCUGAUAAAAUUGCAUUGUUGAGAGAAGAUAUUCUUUUUGGGUUGAUAAUUAUAUCACAUAUUGUAUGUCGCAGAGAUUUUUUUGUUUGUGCUGGGAUGUAUUCAUGCACUGUUGCCUUAAUCUCUGGAACAGAUGUGAAUAGGCUAGAAAUGUUCAGAAGAUCCUGGAAAACCUGUGGCCUUUUUGUGCUGCUGUACAUUCAGACUUUCGCUUUUUCUGCUUUUGUGUUCAAACAUUUUUUUUUUUUUCAGAUGAAUAUCUCAGACUCAGGUUUUCAACUUAAUAUAUUCACUUUAUUGUGACUUGAAUUGUUUUUGAAGUAAAACUGUGGCAGGUUACAGGGAAGCUAUACAGGGAGGACAAGCCAAAUAUUUCAAACAUAUAGGGCAAUGAUACAUAUUUUCUUUCACUUGUGUUUUUUUUGUUUGUUAUUUAAGCAAGGUCAAAGAAUUGCAGCAGUGUGAACAUUAUCAUAUAUAUGGUUAUUUUAAUGUAUUUAAUGACUCACUAACACUCAAACAACACUCCAAAUAAUGUAAUAAUUUAGCUGUAUGUUCAUAUUAGGACAUUCUGAGUGCACUAAGAAAAAAGCCAAAAAUAGAAGAAAUUGGGAUAUCAUUCCCAGGUAUAAGGUACAAAAAGAUUUAUUUCUGUAUAUGUUGUUUCUCAGUGACAGAAAAGUGCUAUUUAUUUAUCGGUUCCUCAUCAAACAUAUCUGAAAGUGUGCUUAUGGAUUUAAUGAAUAAUAAUUAUUCUUGAUUGUAAACAUGAAUGCAAAUGAAUACAAUUUAAAGGGAAAGUGUCACUUAACUUGAUGUGUUGUGCAAUGUAUCAAAUAUAUUUGUAUCAUUUUCCACAGUAGACCUCAUUUUUGCAGCACAGGUGUGAUAUAG